AUGCUACCCGAAGUCCGAUGGGUCUUUAGUGAUGGGAGGUUCGCCCUACGAGACCUGAUCAACCUUUCCCCCGUGUAUGAUUCCUGGCCCGCGGGCCAUGGUAGCUGUGUCUACCUUCGAAUCUACACCCACCCGUGCGAUCGACCAGCCAAUACCUUUAGCGACGCCUCACAGAGCGACAUCAAUUGGAACGUGUACUUCUACGCUGGCCAGGGUAUUGAUGUGCGAGCACGGCCAAGGUCACAUGACAAGUUAACUUCAUCAGACGCUGCCUCCCUUCACUACAAACUGGCUUUUAAGUCACAGCAUCGAUACAUGAUUCCUUUGCUCUUCUGGUCAGCAGAAUGGAUCUCGAAGAAUCUCUUGGACAUGGCAGAGCAAGCAAUGAUGUUGGCUUUGAGCACUUAUCAGCCCUGGGUGUUGAAAGACGUAAACCCUGAAAAGAAUUCUGCUCAAAUCGUGGAACAUCAGCGACAAGCACAGUUCCUGACAGUGACCGCACAAGCUACCGCUCAGAAAAUUAGCUGGCCACGGCUCAACCCAUUUGGUUGUAACAUCAGCAGUCCAGUUUUCGUGACGGGUGUAAACAAGUUUAUCAACUGCAUUCGCAUGCCGGCAGGAGAUUCCAACCUCAGGACAUUCACCACCUAUCGAGUGCGACGAACCGCUCAGAAAGUAGGCGCUGAGCUCUGGAAUCUCUCUAUCACACUCUUCGACCCCGACACUAUAACAUCAAGCAUGAUGACGUUCAGCUUCAAGCCAGAGAACAAGGCCAUGCGCCUUCAGCAACCCGGUGUUCGAUACCUUGUUUUCGAGGUCAUGGACGACAAGAAGCCACACUCCAACGCAUGGGUUGGCAUGCCAUCUGUAGGGCCGUUUCAGAACUUUGAUCGCCCAUCUAGUUUGGCUGUACGAGUUGAAUGGUUGAUGAAAGCCAGGGUGAAUGGUAUAGCAGCCCACUGCAAAGGAUCAACCUGGAUCUCCACCCUGUCAGACAGUGGGUGGUCCAGAGGGAUUUUGAGAGCAUGGUACGCCUUUACCGAACUGUCAUGA